CCCUUACUUCCCUAUCCUAUUUCAGAAAUAAGAACCAUAUCUCCGACCCAUUCUUCGCGACAUCAGCAAGAACUUGUACAGCACCAUUCCUUGAAUCACCACCGCCAUCACAAGAAGAUAAACAGGACUUUACCAUGUCAACCUUUGGAACUCACUUCCGUGUCACGACCUAUGGAGAGUCACACUGCAAGGGCGUCGGCUGUAUCAUUGAUGGGUGCCCACCCGGACUCGCCUUGACCGAGGACGAUAUUCAGCCACAACUGACCCGCAGACGCCCUGGUCAAAGCAACCUGACCACUCCUCGCGAUGAGAAGGACAGGGUGACAAUUAUGUCCGGCACAGAAUUUGGACACACGUUGGGCACUCCCAUUGGAUUGACGGUGCCCAAUCAGGAUCAGCGCCCUCACGACUAUACCGAGACAGAUCUGUACCCUCGCCCCUCCCAUGCCGACUGGACAUACUUGCUCAAGUACGGACUGAAGGCUUCGUCGGGCGGCGGACGCGCUAGUGCUCGCGAGACUAUUGGUCGUGUCGCUGCUGGAGCUGUGGCAGAAAAGUUCCUGAAGGAGGCGUUUGGAACCGAGGUUGUAGCAUUUGUGUCCUCGGUCGGCAAGGUUGCGAUGCCCUUCAUUGAGGAACAGAACGAGAAGGGCACACCCUCGGAGGAGUUUGUGGAGUUGUUGAGCACGGUGACUCGCGAGAUGAUCGAUGCGGAGGCUACUCGGUGUCCCGACAAGGAGAUUUCUAAGAAGAUGACUCAGCGUAUUAUCGAGGCAAAGGAGGCAAACGAUUCGAUCGGAGGCACCGUCACCUGCGUGAUCCGCAACGUGCCCACUGGAUUGGGUGAGCCCUGCUUCGAUAAAUUGGAGGCCAAGCUUGCGCAUGCGAUGUUGUCGAUCCCGGCCACAAAGGCCUUUGAGAUCGGAUCUGGAUUCGGCGGCACGCAGGUUCCGGGCCAUUUGCAUAACGAUGCCUGGGUGGCCAAGGUCGGACGCAAGGGACAGAAGGUCCUUGGAACGAAGACCAACUACUCUGGUGGAAUCCAGGGCGGUAUCUCGAACGGAGAGAAUAUUUACUUCAGGAUCGGAUUCAAGUCGCCGGCGACGAUCAGUCAGGAGCAGAAGACGACGAGUUAUAAUGGUGUCGAUGGAGUUUUGGCGACGAGAGGCCGUCAUGACCCCUGUGUUGUCCCUAGAGCGACACCCAUCGUUGAGGCCAUGGCAGCCUUGGUCAUCAUGGAUGCUGUUAUGGCCCAGCUGGCAAGACAGAGCGCCGCUGCAUUGUUGCCCCCCAUGCCCGAUACCCCUCUUCGCCCCGCUCCCUUUGUCAUGAUGGUGCCUGGCGGUCAGGCCAUCAAGGUUGACGAGGCCGCCAAGCCCAAGACAGAGUAAAAUGGAACGACGGGAAAAAAGGAACAGAAAGGCGUCUUUUGGCGCUGCAUUUUCACGCGCGCACGCAUGCGUUUCACCCAUCGUCUUAUGUAUCUCAUAUAUUUAUCGGGAAUCUAAAAACCAAGAAAUUACGAUGAUCUUCAUCAAAACUUUCAAAUAAACCUUUCCGCAUUGCAUUAUUCAUAUUCAG